GAGCUAUAAAACCCUCCUACUGCAGUUCCUGACAGAAGAGCUGUUCUUCUCCGGGGUGUAGAGUUGACUAGAAGCAGCAGAAGCACCAAAAGCACCAAAAGCACACAGAGAUUCGUGGAUAUUUGUGCUCCAGGUGUCAGUUUCAUCCAGGUUUUCCCAGCCAGCUGCAGAACUGCCCUCGCACUCCGUUCACUGCUCAAACUCCGACAUCAUGAUGCAAAUCAACUCGGACGCCUGCUUUCAUAAGCACUCGCUGCUGAACGUGAUGAACCGCUUCCUGGCGGCGGCCAACAACAUGGACGAGACCAUCAUGGUGCCCAGUUUACUGCGGGACGUGCCUCUGGAGGAGCAGGACGGGGACACCUCGAUGCACAGCAACAGCGAGCUGUCCUUCCCGAGCAAGCAGAGGGACAUGUAUGAGCACUACCUGUUGCUGAAGUCCAUUAAGAACGAGAUGGAGUGGGGUUUGCUGAAACGCGACAUGGGUGGCGGUGCCAGCUUCCUGGAGAUGGCCGUGAAGCAGGAGGAACAGCAGGUACCAGGUGGACCAGCAGAAGACGGCACUGACUUAGAAAGCCAGUUCCACUUCCACCUCCGUGGACUCUUCGGGGUCUUGUCCAAGCUCACAGACCAAGCAGAUCACCUCACGAACCGCUACAAGAGAGAAAUUGGUGGUGGGAGUCUGUUACGAUAGAACUGAUGACCUAUAAGCUUAACAUGGACUACUACUUACACUUUGCUGGGGGAUAACGUUCGAGCAGUGGACUCGCACGUCUAGUCUUGCCUAUGGAAUCUUGCUUAACCUUUUGCUUGUAAGCAAGACGUAAACCUAUUUCCAGCUGCACAACUAGUCAUAAGUACUGCUUUGAUGGGGGGAUGAACAGAAAAGCUGUAUGAUUUGAAGAGUUUAAGUUAAAGGCGCAUACUGCAGUUGGUUCCAUUAAGUGUCUUCAUUUCAUUUCAGUAAGUGUAUGACAGGGCACCCUUUAUACGAUACCGUGUGGCUUUAAAAGUUUACUAUACCUGUGGUUACAAAGUCCUGAAAGAGGUUGUUCAAAGUUUGGGCUGUGUUGGAGAAAACCUGAAUGCUGGUUAUUCUGUGUCUUUCUACACAUUAACCUAAAUUCUGUAGAAUGUGGUCCUGUAAUAUCCCCAGGCUGAGUUUUAACAAAGGUUCAUUUUAGCUUGCUGCUCUUACACACUCCAUCCAGAAAAGGUGUCCCUUGGGUUGUGCUCUCCAUGGAGAAGAUGAAUGUUGUGUUGUCCAUUUGAUCAGUUUGACCUGUCAGAGUACUACUGUUGCCACAUUUUAGUUUAUUUGUUUUUGCCCCAAAUGUUUACUUUUAUAUGAAAUGUAAUGAAUAAUGAAAGAAUAUAAUGAAUAAAGCAGACUUUUUACAUUGGA